ACUUAUGGUUAUGGUGAUGAAUAUUCCGGCUAUUCGAUAAGCUGAUAAAAUGCUCCCAUCUAAUCACUACCUUAUAAAUAGAUGCGGAUUGUGCGGCCGCGACGUAGACGGAUCGCAAAUGUCGACAAAGAAGAGUGAGCCCGCGACGCAGGAUUCGCUGGUCCAUCCCCAAGUGGCGACAUUUUUUCGGUUGGCCUACAAAAACCACUCCCAGUGGAGUGCCCUCGGGUCCGCCUUCUUUGUCCUCGUCUCGGGUGGCAUGAGUCUGGCCUGGGGGGCAGGAUUCGCCAUCCACUCGUCGCACCGGGAGUACCUCCUGCUCACCUUUCACAUGCAAGUGGCCUGGUAUGCCACUGCCACUUUGGGCGCCCUCUUUGGGGCCUUCUUCACCCACCGGCUGCCGCAACAACCGAUUUACAUACUCUGCUCCUGCCUGGUGAUUGCUUCAGGCAUCCUGUUCCUUGCCUGGCCGGAGAGUCCGGGCGCUGUGAUCGCAGGCCGAUACUUGGAUGGCCUGGCCAAUGGUCUGGUCUUCGUGCCCGCCCUAAGCACCGCGGGCGAGAUCGCAGUGGGCGGAGUCCGCGGUCUCCUGGCCGCCACCGUGGAGCAGCUAAGCUCAAACACUGGCAUCCUGAUGCAGCUGCUUUACACGGCUGUCUGGCAAGUGGAGUGGAACGUGGCAAUUGUGGCGGACCAAGUACACGGAGUGCUUUCGAUAAUCUACGGGGUGGUGGCCCUGGCCAUGGCCUUGGCCCUCUGCGUGGAGUCGCCGGUCCACCUGCUGACGAGGGCCAAUGAGCAGAAAGCAGUGGUGGCUCUGCGGCACUUGCAGCGGCCUUACAUGGUGACCAGUGAGACCCUGUUGCGGCUGGACGAACACAAACUGUAUGUGUCUACAUACCGGGAGAUGGGCUGGUGGUCGAGCCUCCAGAAGGGACUGCCCUCGCUUGUCAAGGUCCUGGCGCACAGACUACUCGGAAGCAUGUGCCUCAACCUGGUCAUUUGGAGUGCUCUGUACGAAACUGCCAGCGAGGUGAUGAGCUACUUUCAAGCCUGGCCCUAUGUGGUGUUUGGGGUACUGCGGUGGUGCGGCUGUUUCUGUGUGGCGCCCCUAAUGGACACCACAGGUCGCAAGUCCCCAACUCUCUUCGGCACAUUUUCGUUGGGAAUUUUCGCCUUCGCCUUUGCCUUUUUGGUGGCCCGGACUCCGCAUAUGAUCGCCGCCUUGGUGGUGCUAUUCCUUCUGCAAUUCUUCGCUGGAGUGGGUCAGUGCUCCUCGGCGGUUUACCUUACAGAGGCCUUUCCUUUGAGCCUGAAGCCCCACCUGGUUGCCGCAUCCUAUGUUCUGGAGCAGCUCACACGGCUAGGACUCUGCAGCUUUUCGCCAUUGGAGAGUGACAUCAUCGCCUACUUUUACGUCCUUGGAGGACUCUCCAUGGUGUUUUUUCUACUCGGAAUUUUCUGUCUUCCGGAGACGAAGGUUAUCCCUUUAGCGGAGGCUCAGCAGAAGUUUUCCAAAUGGUUCAACAAAGAUUUUUAAUAAUAAAAACUUGGCUAAGUCGGCCACUGCCACUACUUGGCCUUUGCAAU